CAUUCCCAAAAUAAAAAUAAAAAUUCUCACAAAACACCAUCAAAACAUCUACCUCGCACUCAGUCUCACCAUGAAAUCAAUAGUCCAACUCGGCAUCUCCGGGCGAACCUGAAACAAACAUAGCCAGGGACCUGCAUCCACUCUUGGCAAGCCUCCCGCGCCCCAUAGAAAUCCACAUGUGCAUGCGGCGGGCGAACUCUCAGCACCUCCGCAUAACUCCCGACGACAUACCUACCCAACUUCUUACAAUCCACACAUCUCACAACAAAAACCAAACCAAACCACACAACACCCCCGCAUAAUAAUUCACUCGCUCAAAGUGACACACAUCUUCCCUCCCGCUCACGACCUCGCAUCACCACAGUAAAGCUGCGCGCGCACCGCCGCGCCAGCUAACCCUGGACCUCCGUCCGUCCCACAACCACACCUCUACACCCACCCAUACCUCAGAGUCCAGACACCAGCAUGUCCCUCCGCCGCCUCUCACGCCUGCAAUCCCGCCUCCUCGCCUUCGUCCUCGUGAACGCGCUCCUCGUGAUCGCGUACUGGCUCUUCACGCCGACCAACUUCGCCGACGCUGCGGAGUUACACUCCUCGCCUGGAGAUUCACUUGUUGGGUUAGAGUUUCUGAGGCGCGGGGAAGAGGAGGGGGGGGAAGGGAAUGCGGAUGAGGAUGGGGGGUAUGUGGGUGAUUUCAAGUAUUUCGAUCGGAGUUUGACGGGGAGGGCGGUGGAGGGGGUGGAGGGGCUUGAGGAUGGGAAGGUCAGGGAGGUGGAGACGCUGGCGGGAAGGGUGACGCAUUUUGUUCUUGAGAGAGGUACCACGGCGAAGAGGAGGAGGAACCUCGGGGUGGAGGAGGAACGGCGGGGGGUUAAUGGGUCGGAGGGAGAGGAGGUGGACGAGGAGGAGGAGGAUGAAGAGGAGGAGGGGUUGGAGAGGAGACAGAAUCGCAACCAGGUGUUCGUUUCUGUGAGCUCGUGUCGCCAGCCUGAUGCCACGACAAGAUUGAGGUUCGAGGAUCCGCCGCAGCUGAGCCUGUACGUUUCGGCUUCGGAUCGGAAUCAGCAGCCUGGUCCUGGGAACGAGGAGGGUCUUGUGGGUGGGAAGGCGAUCCCUCUUGUGGGAGGCUACGCGAAUCUGUCUAUUUCUACGACCAACAAUGUAUAUAUUGGAGUGUCCGCGCCGAAUCUCACGGAGGGAUGGCAGGGCGGUUGGCAGUUCGAGGUCGCAGCCAGCACGAAAGGGUUCUACCACAGCUACAACCAGAACGAGACGUUUCUUUUCCUGAUCGAUACAGACAGCGACUCCGCACUCUUCGUCUCGAAGAAUCUCACGAGCAACAACGACUCGGCCACCAUCGACGCGUGGAGAGACCUGACCGAUUCCCCGUUCACCAUGUUCGCCUUCAACGACACGGAAUGGGGUGCCCGAGGACUGGAACGCUCGGUGUGCGGGCUCAAGUCCGUCUUCAACACCUCCAACAACUACACCGUCGACAACCGCAUCACGACCAAGUUCGGCGGCGGUUCGCCCAAGGCCCUGUUCCACGUCCAGAACCUCACCGCCGACACAAGCUACAGGGGCUACCUCGUCGUCGACACCGACAUGACGACGAGCAACCUCGACUUCUCCGCGACCGCGCCCCUAGGAGCCGGCGGCAGAGUAUGGCAGCAAUUCAUCUUCACCACCAAGAAAGACGACUCCUGCCAAGUAAUCUUCGACCUCCCCUUCUGCACCAACACCGCCUACGCCGUCCCCUCCUCCAGGAAAUUCAAAUCCGACGACGCGGCCCUAAUCUCCAUCUACGACGCCAAAGCCGCCGCCUACUACACCAACUUCACAAAGUCCCUCUCGCAGAUCGCCUGCGAGACCACCGGCUCAGCCCAAUACUCCCUCGCACGCAACUGCACAGACUGCGCAUCCGACUACAAAGACUGGCUCUGCACAGCCCUCAUCCCCCGCUGCGAAGACUGGUCCGCAAAAGGCGACGCCUUACAAAUGCGCAACGUCAACUCCCCCUUCCUCGACGGGUCCCCCCCACCCUCGGACUUCGUUUCCUCCACUUUCGCGCUCAACCGCUCGUCGCCCGACUUCAAUGCGACGAUUGGCGAGAGGGCGGCGUUCGCGAAGAGUAGGCAUGCGUUUAUUGACGAGGAGAUUCAGCCGGGCCCGCAUAAGGAGAUUCUGCCGUGUGAGGAUCUUUGCUUUGCGCUUGUGAGGAGUUGUCCUGCGCAGCUGCAGUUUGCGUGUCCGAUUGAGCCGGCGAGGAGUCUGGCGUAUGGGAGACGCCAGGAUAAUACGGAUACCGAGAUUGUGUGUAAUUUCCCGGGCGCGAUUAGGAGUUUGAAUUUGAGGAGGAGUGCUGCGGUGGGGAGGGUGAGGGGAGGGUGGUGGAUGGUGGGUGUGGUGGUGGGGGUUGGGGUUUGGUUGGGGCUGUGA